UUCAUGAAUAAUCCCCCUUCAGCAGCUUCCCUUUGGCGGUGGUCAGCUUAUGGAUUCUACGGAUUAUCUACUAAAUAUUGCUUUUUAUUAACUAAUUUUUUUGCUGCAAUAAUUGCAAUUAUUACUUUUAGUUAUGGUGCUUGGCUUUAUGUUAAUAGAUCACAAUAUUAUGAAUUGUUAGCUCCAAGUUUAUACGUCGACGUCUGCAGGAUAAUGAUGGUCAUUUCCUUAAUGUCCUUAGCAAACAGUGGUAUUGCUGUAUAUGCUGUCCAUCGGGAAUUGAGAUGCCUUAUUUAUUCGUUCUCGACAGCCUCGGCCAUUCUUUGCUUCUCCCUAAUUAUUGGAGGCCUUAUGGGCUUUGUAUUCCGUCAAAAACUUGAUCAAACCCCUCUCCAUCUUAAAAUGCUUACGUCUUUAAAAGAGCUUUAUGGGUCUUCUGAUAUGCCAGAAAUUACCUUUGCUUGGGAUAGUCUUCAAAAAGAGUUUAAAUGUUGUGGAGUUAAUGGGACUGAGGAUUAUUCAAUAUGGCGAACCUCUAAAUGGCAUAUGCAUCAAAAGGCACCAAAGCCUGCCUUUCCAGAUUCUUGUUGUAUACCAACCAGUAUAGAAGCAUGCCAACGACUUUCACAUUCGUUUGAUGAAGCAAUGGCUAAUGGUCAUUUACCUAAUCACUUUCUAGCUGAUGCUGGUUUGUAUAAAAAUCAAGAAAAAGCAGAAGCCAUUACAACAUUUGCAAUUUCACAUCAUUUAUCUCCCCCAUUUUACACAAAUACUUGCCAUAUGCCUUUUCGGAAAGAUCUUUUAUCGGUGGUUCAUGUUGCUGCUUGGCUUUGCGUUGCCUGCAGCCUUUCUUUGCUUGUUCCAGCCAUUUUUGCUGCCUUUUAUGCCAAAUUAAUUAAAAAAUAA